AUGGCUGGCUUUGAAACUACAUCGACACAUGUUGCUUGGUUUAUUCAUUUGCUCAGCAAACAUCCACAAGUUCAACAGAAAAUUAAAGCUGAACUCAUCGAAAAUGGUGCGAUGAAUGAACUUUCAUUGGAUCGUCUAGAUGCCUUGGUCUAUUUGGAUUGUGUGUCCAAUGAAGUACUUCGUUAUUGUCCACCAAUUGGUGCAACUAUGCGAACACUAGUAGCUGAUGAUCGUUUACCUGCGAGUGGUGUUCAAUUAUGCAGAGGCGAAUCAGUGAUGAUUCCGUUUCAUAAUUUAGCCCGUGACACUCGAUAUUGGUUGACUGAUCCAGAACUUUUCUAUCCUGAGCGAUUUCUCAGCCAAGAUAAAAAUUAUCCACCGUUCGCGUUGAUUCCAUUUGGUGGCGGUCAUCGCUAUUGUAUCGGGCAAGAAUUAGCACGAUUCGAGUUCAAAGUCAUAGCGGCACGGCUAAUGCAAAAAGUAACAUUUGGUGAUGGUGGUCCAGAAUUGAAUUCCGGCGGACAUUUGACAAGAAUUACCAUUCGACCAAAGCAGAUCGGUGUCACAAUCGAGUUUGCUUGA